AUGCUCCCCGACAAGUCCAAAAACAUUCUCAAAAACAUCAAUCUGUCCUUUUAUCCCGGCGCCAAAAUUGGGGUGGUGGGCUUGAACGGAUCCGGAAAAUCAACCUUACUCAAAAUCAUGGCGGGAGUGGAUACCGAGUUUGACGGUACCGCCCGGCCCUUGCCCGGAGCUUCGAUUGGCUACCUUCCACAGGAGCCGGCCCUUCCUUUUGCUACCGUCCAAGAAUGCGUCGACGAAGCUGUACAAUCCUCGCAAGCCAUUCUUGAUGAGUAUAACCAACUCAGCAUGAAGCUAGCGGAUCCUGAUCUCACCGAUGAUGAAAUGAACAAGAUCAUGACCAAGACGGAACAACUGACCAAUCAAAUUGAAGCUGGAAAUCUGUGGGAACUCGAGCGAAUUGUGGAGCGCGCCAUGGAUUCCUUGCGGGUGCCACCCGGGGACGCCAAGACGGCCGUCCUGUCGGGUGGCGAAAAGCGCCGCGUAGCGCUUUGUCGCUUGCUCCUGGCCAAUCACGAUAUGCUUCUACUAGACGAACCCACGAACCAUUUGGACGCCGAAUCGAUCGGAUGGUUGGAGCAGUUCUUGGCACAGUUCAAGGGAACGGUGGUCUGCAUCACCCACGACCGAUACUUUCUCGAAAAUGUGGCCGAGUGGAUUUUAGAGCUAGACCGAGGAGAAGGCAUCCCGCACGAAGGCAACUACUCAAGCUGGCUGGAGGCCAAGAGUAAACGUCUCGAGGAGGAAAAGAAAAAAGACACCGCGGCAGCCAAGGCUGUUGCAGCCGAACUGGAAUGGAUUCGGAGCAACCCCAAGGCCAAGGGCAACAAAAGUAAGGCACGCCUCAACCGCUACGAUGAGCUACUGUCCGCUGCUGCUCCUACGGAACUCCGGAACGCGGGACAAAUCUACAUCCCCCCGGGUCCUCGGUUGGGCGAUGUCGUGGUGGAUAUCACCAACAUGCGCAAGUCGUUCGAUGAGCGCUUGCUAAUUAAGGAUUUGAGCUUUUCCAUGCCCAAAGCUGGUAUUGUGGGCGUCAUUGGCCCGAACGGUGCCGGCAAGUCGACACUCAUCAAAAUGCUACUCGGCAAAGAGCAACCCGACUCUGGUGAGGUCAAAAUCGGUGAGACCGUGAACAUCGUGUCUGUUGGGCAGGAACGCAUGGAUGAGUUGAACUCGGAAAAGACUGUGUUUGAGGAAAUCUCCGGAGGGCUCGAUGAGCUCGAGCUGGGCACCCAAACUGUGCAAUCUCGUGCCUAUCUUUCCUGGUUUGGGUUUAAGGGAGGAAUGCAGCAGGCCAAAGUGGGAAAUCUAUCAGGUGGCGAGCGCAAUCGUGUCCAGCUCGCCAAGAUUCUCAAGGCCGGUGGCAAUAUGAUUAUUCUAGAUGAACCAUCGAACGACUUGGACGUCGAAGUCUUGCGCAGUCUGGAAGAAGCGCUGUUGAAUUUUGCGGGCUGUGCCAUGGUGGUGUCACACGAUAGGUACAUGUUGGAUCGCGUGGCGACCCACAUUCUGGCCUGCGAGGGUGAUUCGGAAUGGUUCUUCUUCCCAGGCAACUAUGCCGAAUAUGAGGCCAACCGUCUGGAACGCAAGGGCCAAAGCAGCAUUAAGCGCGUCGCCUACGCGCCUUUGCUGAACGCGUAG